UUUCAUUUCCGUUUGUCUAAAAUUCUAAAACUUUAAAUUUUUAAUCUACUAUUUUAAAAAAAUUAAGUAUUUUCAUUGCCGUGCGACAUAGUUCGCUAACUUUUUCACACCCCCAGUUGGCUUUAUAUAAAGCCAGGUUCAGCAGAUGUUUGGUUUGUGGGCAUCAACUUAAAGAGGCAAUUGAAGAAAAUUUCAGUUACUAUCAAAAUAAAAGAUUGAAGAACACUGCAUAAUCAAGAGAAAGAGUAAAAGAAGAAGGCAACCGGUGUUAAAAAAAGUUAAACCAGAAUUGGGUUUAUAAGAGAUAAAGAUGUACCAUCAUCAUCAGCAUCAAGGAAAGAGUGUCCACUCCUCUUCAAGAAUGUCAGUUCCUCCUGAGAGACACCUGUUUCUGCAAGGUGGUAAUGGCAAUGGCGAUUCUGGACUUGUCCUCUCAACAGACGCAAAACCUAGAUUAAAAUGGACUUCAGAUCUUCAUGACCGAUUCAUAGAAGCAGUCAAUCAGCUUGGAGGAGCAGACAAAGCUACUCCAAAAACAGUUAUGAAACUUAUGGGCAUUCCAGGGCUUACCUUAUAUCAUCUAAAGAGUCAUCUUCAGAAAUACAGGCUCAGCAAGAACUUACAUGGGCAAACUAACAGUGGGAGCAACAAAAUUGGUGCUACCGCGAUGGUGGAAGAAAGAAUACCUGAACCGAAUAUUACUCAUGUUAGCAAUUUAAGCAUGGGAACUCAAACCAACAAAGGCAUACACAUUGGUGAAGCACUGCAGAUGCAAAUUGAAGUGCAAAGAAGAUUACAUGAGCAGCUUGAGGUGCAGCGACAUUUACAACUCCGUAUAGAAGCUCAAGGGAAAUACCUACAAUCAGUGCUCGAGAAAGCCCAAGAGACACUUGGAAGACAGAAUUUGGGUAGUGUAGGACUUGAAGCCGCCAAAGUUCAACUCUCUGAAUUAGUAUCCAAAGUGUCCACUCAAUGUCUGAAUUCUGCAUUUUCAGAGCUGAAAGAAUUGCAGGGUCUCUGCCCCCAGCAAACACAAGCAACGCCACUCACAGAUUGUUCAAUCGACAGCUGCUUGACCUCCUGCGAAAAGGAACAAGAAAUACACAAUACUGGGAUGUGUUUACGACCCUAUAAUGGCAAUGUUCUUCUGGAAUCAAAACACAAUAUUCCAGAAGAGCACGCGUUUCAUCAAACUGAACUCAAGUGGGUUGAAGACCUAGAAGAUAACAAAAUAUUUCAUUCAGAACGAAGCUGCAACGAUUUAACCAUGAGAGUUGGACUCCAAGGAGAAAACAGGAACACGAGUAGUAGCUUCUCCGAGGGAAGAAGAUACAAGGAAACAAACAAUGGUGAAAAUUUUCCUGAUCAGACUAACAAGACAGUGGAUUCAGCUAAACUAGAGAAUGAAAAUAUCUCAAAUGGAUAUAGAUUGCCUUACUUUUCAACUAAACUGGAUCUAAACUCCCAUGAUGACAUUGACGCUGCUUCAAAUUGCAAACAGCUCGACUUGAAUGGUUUCAGUUGGAACUGAAAUCAUCGGACUAAUACGGAAAUGAGAAAAGUUGAGAUAACAAGACAUGUAAUUCUGAAUUUACAUUAGAGCAGGAGGAAGGCUAACAUGAGUUGCAGCCUGCAGCUGAUCUCUUGUCCCGGCCAAGCAGCUAGGAACAAUCAAUCCGAUCCGAUGAGAAUAAAAUAAGUUAGACAAACACAUGUACUUUUUAUCUGUUAAUAUAUCUCAUUAAGAGUUCAUGAUUAUCGUUCCAGAGAGAAAAAAUAAAUUGCAGUUAACUGCUGCUGAAAGGCUUAAUCAUUCAA